GCGCGCCGCGCGGCUGUGCGAGAGGCGUGACGCGCCUGAACCGCAUCUCCAGGAUGGCAGGACCUCCUGACCCCCCCACAUAGUGUACUGUACUGGGCUCAGACCGCCAGCCCUUUGAGGACAAUGGACCCUAUGACGCCGGCGGGGCCCGUCACCAUGAUGGAGCCCGGUACCAUGAUGGACCCCAGAACCUCCGCCUACAGGCGAACUCUCGCCGCGCUGCUGUUGGUGAUGGGCACGCUGGUUUCCAUGGUGACCUCAGGCUCACCUGUUGCAGGUAAGCUGGACCUGAACCGGACAGCGGAGCCUCCAUCACGUCCUUCAUUAUCCUCCUCCUCCUCUUCCUCCUCUUCCUCCUCUUCCUCUCUUAGACAACUAGCUGCCAGCCCCCCCUCAGACUCCAGUUACCAUAGUAACACAGGUGGUACAGGCUCAGCAGAGGACUCGGACUCUGGGGCUCAGGGCAUCCAUCUCCUGCUCAGACCACCAGAUUUGUUGUCCCCCAGCCUCCCCCCACCUCUCCCCCCACACAGCCAGCCCACCUUAACUCCUCCUCCUCCGUGGGAGCAGGGCCCCUCACUGGAGGAGGCCUGGGGUUCCGGAGACUACCUGGAGACUCUGUCCUUCAUGGUGCCUGAUGGCGAGGAGCUGGCCCUGGCUACACCUCUGCCGAGCCACCCCUACGAUGAUGACACCGGAGGGGAGUGGGUCUCCUAUGACACUGCCUUUCCUGCCCGUCCCACUCUCCCCCUCUCUUCCCGCCUCCCCCUCUUCCCCUCCUCUUCCUCCACCCCCAGUAUUGAACUGCACACUCGCCCUGCUCACCCAGACGUCUUCCCUACCUGGGAGGAGGACUACGACCUGGAGGACAUGAUGCCUCUGGAGCCAACAGAGCUGCUGCUGCCGGACAUGAACAGUCUGGAGUACUACACCAACCUGAUCGCCCGAGAGAGGGAGAAGGAGAGGGAGAGAGAGAGAGAGCGGACCCUUUCAAAAUCCUCCAUCUCUCCUACAACCACCCACACCCCCCCACACCAUCCAACUGCCCCGUCCCCCAGCUCUAGCCCCCCAGUAGGACAGGAGCCUAAACGGCCAUUUGAGGGUCCCACACCUCCACUUGCCCUUUCACCAACUCUAACAGGUGAGGUGAGGCCACCUGCUCCAUCACUACACCCCACCAUCAAGGCUCCAUCCGCUCCCCCUGCUCCUCCUGCUCCGCCUUCUCCCCGGCCCAAAGACCAUGUUCUUACUCCAGGGAGACAACCUCCACGCCCUCCCUCCAACACCACUGGGCGGGUGCCCCCCCCUCCCCCGCUGGGCCCGCCCACUCGUCCUGACAGGCCAGAGAAGAUUCCAGUGGUCACAGAGAAGCCUAUGAAGAUUCCACCCACCAAGCCUUCCACCACCACCACCACCACUAAGGUUACCACGACCACCACAGCCAUCACCACUACUACCCAGAUCACAGCCAUCAGUCUGACCAGAGCCCCACCUGUCACUACACCCAGGGUGACUCCGCCCUCCAGACAGUACCUGUGUAACAUCACCAAGCCAGAGAUGUACCUGGUUAGAGUAGUGAGCUCUAAAGGUUCAUCAGCUGGCUUCAGUCAGGUGAGAGAGCUGCUGAAGAGGGAGUUCAACCGCUCAGUGGAGCUCCAGUUCCUGAGAACUCCAUCCAGUUUUGCAUUCCGAGUCGUAUCAGGACCUUUGAUUUACACCUCCAUAUCUGUCAUCAACGCUCUCCGUCCACCAGUGCGCACCUCUGGCCCCGUUCCCACCGUGUCACCACUCUACACCAUACCUGACCUCACUUACCAAAUCCACUCUGUGCUACAGUUUGUUCCCACCCACAUUGAUGUCAGGCUGUGCAAUUUCAGUGAACGGGUGGAAAAGGGUCUCCUGAUGGCAUAUGCCGAAACUCGCCGGCGUUCACAUGAGACUGGCAAUGUCACUGUACAGUUGUUGAACAUCACUGUGGGCGUAGCCAGGCUCAGGGAGCAGAAGGUUCCGGUUGACAUCACCUUUGCGGUACGAGAUGGCCGGGGCUAUCUGCCCGGCUCAGAGGUCAGCGAACACCUGAGGAAGCUCAGCCUUGUGGAGUUCAGUUUUUACAUCGGAUUUCCUGUCCUGCAAAUCGCAGAACCCUUCCACUACCCUGAGCUUAACACAUCUCACCACCUGCGUUCCACUUGGGUCCGUACAGUCCUGCUGGGUGUUCAGGAGCAGAUGGUGGCUGAGAGAAGUUUUAAAGCUCGACUAGAGAGACGCCUCGCUCUGCUGUUGGAGGAGGGGUUGAGUGGAGUCAGGAGGCGCUAUACUAGAGCUACAGCUGUGGGCAACAACAGUCUGCAGGUGGUGCGUGUGGCGAGGCUGUCGGGGGCAGAGCGCCCCCUGGAGGUGUUGUAUUUCGUGGAAGGCCCAGGGGGUGAGCGGAUCCCUGCUGAAGUGACUGCAGCCACUCUGAACCGACUAGACCUUCAGAGAGCUGCCAUUGUCCUUGGACAUCGUGUCCAGAGACCACUCGCUCAGCCUGUGGAGACACUGUCAGUGCCACCCUCAGAGACUCAGAGCAGCAGUAUUUGGCUGAUUGUUGGUGUGGUAGUCCCUGUCCUUCUGGCUGUCUUCAUCAUCAUCAUCCUUUACUGGAAGUUGUGUGGCUCAGACAAGUUGGAGUUCCAGCCAGAUGCCAUAAACACCAUCCAGCAGCGGCAAAAGCUUCAGGCUCCUAGUGUUAAAGGCUUCGACUUCGCCAAACUCCAUCUGGGUCAGCACAGCAAAGAUGACAUCAUGGUGAUCCAGGAGCCUGGUCCACUGCCGGCCCCUGUCAAAGAGGCCACGCCUUCUGAUGGUGGAGACCUCAACACUCCCAAAUCUAAAGGAUCGUCCACUAAAGCAGCCAGGUCCAGCCGCCGCAGGGGCAGACUCAGUCCAUCAGAUGGUGAUUCAUUAGGAAGUGACCAGUCCAGUGGCAGAGAGUCAGCAGAGGAGAGUACCCGGCCUGUGGCCACGCCCAGUGAGGGGAAACAGCACAGGAAGACGCCUAAAAAUGGAAGGAGCAAGAUGGCUGCUCCAUCGGGCAGUGGUCCAGAUGAGCUGCUCUCCUCCUCCUCCAUCUUCGAUCAUGUCGACCGUCUGUCACGUGGCUCCUCUGAUGGGACUCGUCGUCAGGCCAACAAGGUGCAACUAAUUGCCAUGCAGCCACGGCCAAGCCCACCGCUACAGCACCCCCCGACCCAGCUGAGUCCAACCCUCACAGAAAAAGUCAACACAGAGGUGGCGCUAAGACACAAGUCAGAGAUUGAACAUCACAGAAACAAGUUGCGGCAGCGCGCCAAGAGGCGUGGCCAGUGUGAGUUCCCAUCCAUGGAUGACAUAAUGGAUGCAUUUGGAGAUGGACCGGUACAAAGUGAGGCAGCGCAGCGCCUCUACAGCUCCGCCCACGACCACAUGGACUGUAUCCUGCAGACUGACGCCCCAUCACCUCCAACCCCCACUGACUCCAGGAGAAGAGGGAGGCGGUCUCCUCGAGGGCGGCGGGCUCAGCCAGGUCCUGGAAGUCUCCCCGAUACUGACAGAGACAGGCUGCUUACUGACCAGAGCGCCACCUACAGAAAAUACCCAGGACUCAACAAUGUGGCCUAUAUGUCAGACCCUGAUCUUCCCCCAGACCACGGCAGCCCCUCCCCUACUGAUGAGGUGUUUGACCCUGCCCCGCCCCCACCCCCGUACAUGCCUCCCCAACCCUCCAUUGAGGAAGCACGGCAGCAGAUGCACUCCCUCCUGGAUGAUGCCUUUGCCCUGGUGUCGCCGUCCUCACAGGGCAGCGCCGGGGUGAGCGGGGUAAGCCCUGCCCUGCCCAGCCCCUCCCCUCAAGCCCGCCCUUCUGGCAGGCAGUGGGGCUCUUACCCAGCAGCCCCCUCUCACAGCCCUUUCUCUGCAAGAUAUGCUGAACUGGGAAUGUCUCCUACAUCCGUUCAGGGUCUGCUGCAGAGGCAAGGACUGAGCUCAGGAGGGUAUGCCUCUACUGGAGAUCAGUUGCAAGAGGCAGUUUAUUCCAACAGGGGGCAGUAUGAUGACCCACCCUCCUCCUCCAGGCCUCGACCUGUAGGGGGCAGCACAGGUGCACAGUUACACCACUUGACCCAGGUGGGUCUCUCCAGCCAGAUCGGGGCUUAUCCUGGUGUGGGCCGUAGUAUGUCAGGUCCCACUGGCUCUAGCUGGAACCAGCAACACUCAGACCAGGACCUAUCCAGACCAGGAGCCAGUAGAGAGAGUGUCCUAUCAUUUCCAGAGUUCUCCUCAUCUUCUGUUUUCCAGAUGCCCAGCUCGUCAUUGCGGGACUCGUCAGCUCCGCCUCUACUCCUGACCUCACCAACGCCAGAGUACCCACCAGAGGACGCCUCCCCCUCCGCCCACACCUCAGCCUCUUUAAUAAAGGCGAUCAGGGAGGAACUACGACGUCUGGCCCAGAAACAGGCUGCAGUAACCAGCUACCCUUAGACUGGUCUGGGCCAGUUUGGAUCAGGACUGAACUGGUUUUAGCAAUUUACCACUAUGAACUUCUAAGGACUGGGUUGAAACCACAAACCUGAAAACUGAUCCACACUCUGGACCAUCUUGAGUUAAUAAAAGUCUGUGCCACUGAGACCAAAUUAACUCUGGACCACAAUCUAUGUCUGAAAAAACCCAACAGUGUUCCCUGACCUCCGGUAUUUUACAGGGUCCCAUUCGUCAGUCCAUUGGUUGUCCUUCAGCUCAGUGUCUCAUUGGACAGUAGUUUGACUCGUCACAUUUCCACUGAAGUGCUUCCUGGAGUGGAUCGUCCCACCUGACUGUCUGGAGUGGAUUGUCCUGUUGAUUUCCUGAAGUGCAUCAUACCUCUGGACAUUCUGGACUGGAUGUUCUGUCUCGUUCUUUUGGAGCAGAUUAUCCCUCCUGAACCUUUGGAGUGGAUCCUUCUUUUAGACCUUCUGAGAGGAACCCUUUGAUCCUCUGGAUGGGGCGGUCCCUCUGACGUUCAGGAUAGGAUGGUCCCUCCUUACCUUUGGACUUGGUGGUCACUCCUGAUCUUCCGUGGUGCUAACCGUCAGCCUCAUACAGUCCUCUCAUUGCCACGCAUUGCCUUCCACACUCCCAUCAGUCACGGGGAUCGGGUCUCCGUUCAUAAACCAUAUCACUGAGGUCUUUGCACUGUCGACAGCUGGAGGUGGGAUACAGUUCCUGCGGCAUGGCGACACAAAACAAGAAAAAAUAUUUAUAAAUAGAUAUAAAAUGAUAUAAAAUAAUAUAUGUAAAGAAAUAGAAUCCCAAUGAGCACAAUAUUAAUGUAAGAGUUAUUAACGGAGUAUUGAGAUGUAACUUAUUUUUUAUUGCUUGUAUAUGAAAGUAUACGUUAAAUCCUUUAUUUUGAUCAAAAAAGACCAAACUACUGUUCUAUGGUUGUACUCCUCUUGUGUUUGAGCUCGCUGUAGAUUUUGAGCCAGCAUUUGUUUCUCUGUGGAGAUGUUGCUUAGUGUAGCUGCUCGCUUGUGUGCUCACGUAUUGGUGGCAAUGACAAAAAAAAAUUACCGCUAAUGCAUCGCUUUGAUAUAGAGUUUUUUGCUCCACAUGGAGCAGAUUCAUCGCAAAUUAGUUGCAUCCAUCAGUUUGUGGGCAGAACGCAAUGGAUAGGUCUAUCAGGUUGAAGAUUGGGUCAAGGGUUUGUUUGUGUAGGUGGGGAGAGUUGGAAUCACAGUCUGAUGCCAAACAUAAUCACAACAGUGCCCCCCUGAGGCUGUAAUGUCAAUCGCAGACUUAAAAUAACUUAACUGCUUGAGGAUAAGUGUAAAUGGAACUGACAAGGACAGAGACUCACAUCAUAUAAUAAUAAUUAUUAUUAUUAUAAUUAUAAUAAUAAAAAAGCAACAAGCAUGUCACAUCGUUAGCCAAUGCUGAGAUACAUUUUUUCCAUUUCUAAUUCAAACUGUUUAUUCUAUGUCAUACUGCAAAGGGACAAAUACAGAUAGUUUGUGAAGUUUUUAGCAGUUGUUAUAGUUUACUAAAACUAAGCUAGCUGUGAAAUAAGUAUUUUGUUAACUAAAAUAAAAAUGAACAUUUUUUUUCAUUUUCUUUAACUAAAGAAUUUCCUCAUAAUACUUGAAAAAUUCAAACACCAAAACUAAAAGUGGAUUAGAUUGUCAAAUUACAAAUUAAACUACUUGUAAAACUAAAAACAAACUGAAAACAUUAAAACCUAAUGGACAUUUUCAACUAUAAGUGUGUUUUUUUUUUUUCAAGUAUUUCAUUUUGUUCAACCAAAAGGUAAAAACCUAAAGAUUUUAAAUACAAUUAAUGUAAUUACAAUUACAACAUUAAACGCAGACAAAGGUCUUAACAUAUUACAGUUGACAGAUUUAAUUCAAUGCUGCCAUUCAUUUUUUGAUGAUCCUCUUAAAGAUCAACUAGUUAUUUUAAUAAAUUAAUAAAUUGGUAUUAAUAGGAGUCAAUAUGCCAGUGAGGCCAUAGAAAUAAAAAUAUGGCCCCAUUUAUGAAUAAUCUGUUAGGUAACCUGCAAAACAUGGCAGCUCUGUUUCUUUUCUGUGAAAAGGAAACAUAACUCAAAUAUUUCACAUUCUAGAGCUCCUGUCCUGGUCAUGUUAUGCUUCCAUUUUGUAAACCUUCUUGUGUUGGCUGAAUGACUGCUUCCUUCUCUUGCUGUUCGGUUGGUUUUUCUGUGCUCUUUUGAUGAAGCUGGUUAUUCAUAAGUUUGAGAGGGUUUGUUCGUCUCUGCUCUUCUUCAGCAUGUUCAACUAAGUUUGAACGUUAGCUACUCGUGAUGUUCCUGUUAAUGUCCAGCAUGCUGCUAAAAGAUGUUAAAAACAAACUUUAAACAAGUGAAAAGUCGUUCCACAUCAGGUAAAGAGUGAGCAAAGAGUGAAUAAUGUCACAGUGCCAUUAAACCAUCAAUCCAUCGAAACACAGUAGAAAAAAAAAUACACCAUGGAACAUCAUGUUUUUUUGUUUUGUUUUUUCAAAAGAUAUUUUUAAUCUAAAUAAAGAUGGUCACAGUUAACAGUGUAUAAAAGAAAGUGGAUAUGAUGUUGAAUAGAAAUAACAAUAUAGAAAAAAAUAUUUUAUUUGUGAUUGUUCUGAAUGGACUUAAAGAUCAGCCCGACAACAGUGCCAACACAUCUUUCACGGACCAGAAACCAAGUGCAGAACUCUUCACUGGCUAGAGACUUUCUGAUUGGACCUAGCACCUGUCAGUCAAACUGUCAGACCUGGCCACACCCACAGAUCACACGGUGCUAAUUCAUGAACUCUAGGUGUGUCUGAACUUGACAAAAAUCACAUGCAGUUCAAACAAAAUACCACAAUCUGCAGGUGUUGUGAUGGAAAAGAGAAGUUCAUCUUCUCUCAUCAAACUCUGGAUUCAAACUGUUCCUCUGCAGUUUCCACAAACUUCUCUUGAAUGUUUCCUUCAGUGUUUUCUAGGAUUUCAGAGUUUCUGUGUUUUCUAGAUCUGUGAUCCUCAGUAAGAAUCCAGCAGAUGACCAGCCGCACUGUGGACGUUUAAUCAGGACAAAACAACUGACUCAGCCUGAGUUCUCACAAGCUACUAACACAUUUAAAGCUCCCUGAAUUCCUAAGAGGUGAUUUAUUCCUCUCUGAGUAUCUUUUGCACACAGGAGAUUAUGUUGUUUGCACAAGACAUUUACAUGCACAGAAUGUAUAGUCUCAAUAGUUUGCGGGCAUAUGUCAACAAAAAUGUGAAGUGCAAAAAUUAUUAAGUUGUGCAAACAAUGCACUGACUGAUUCAAACAAUAUAUAAAUUCAUGCAAACAAGAUCAAAUAACUAGUUAAAACCACUCUGCUGUGAUUGGUUGUUUCACUGCAUGGCUGUGAUUGGGUUAUUCUCUGUUAACAAGUAUGUUACGUUUUAGAUUAGAUCUUCCUUUAAUACACUUCAUCUUGUUGAAGCAGUACAAAAAUGCACACAUUUACAUGUAUUUACUUUCUUCAGGUUGUAAUAUGUCCGUCAUCCAUUGGUAGAACUCCUAAUGGGCAUAAUUAUUAGAUCAAUACAAGCUAAAUGACUGCUAUGCAAAAGCUGGUUUGACCAACCAACAGACCAAACCACCACCUGAUCCAAAUCACUGAAAGAAAAAGACAAACUCACACAUUUUAAACCUGAUAUCAUGAAAUGUUGGUAUAUUUUGUGUGAAAAAUGAACCUAAACCUUUGCCAUUGUUAAGUUUCUUAAUUUUGUCUCAGUCAACAGAAGUGUUAAGUAUUACUUCUAUAUACACUGAGUCUAUGACAAGGCUUAGUUUCCGCUGAAACAUACACCCCAUGUGAGUAUUUAGCCAAAUGCUGGUAACCAGAAAAGUAUUGGUGAUAAGUAUAACAACCAGACCCAGGAGAGAUUCCCUACAACCAGCCUCAUCUAGCAUUUAUACAAUCAAUAGCUAUAUUUUCACACACAACAUUGAUCCAACAAUGUGUGUGAACCAGAUAGUAAUUUGUGCAAACAAUAUGCUUAUGAUUGUGUGCAUGGUAUAAUAAAUAUACGUAAGGAUUCAGGGACAAUGUAAAUGUCUUUGGCAGCUCCACUGUCACUACCUGAUCCUACAUGUGUGAAAAGGCUACUUCCUGUUACAAGUGUUUCUAAGUAGUUUAUGGCACUUUGGGAUUUAAAGAAAUGGGAAUAUGAAUGUAUUUGUUGUUAUGAAAUACAAGAUGUUUAUUUAUCAAAUACUUUUUAAGCUUGAGUAGUUUUUUCAGCUAAAUGAGCAAAGAAUAAGUAGCUAACAGUAGCUAAAAUUUGUUAGUGAGAUAUCUACAGCUUGGCAAUUCAUUCAAUUUCAAUAUCACCAAAAAAGGUUUUAUUUAAAAAAAAAAAAAAAAAAAACCUGAAAGAUUUGUCAUUUUUGUGAAAUAUGUUCAACUGGAACCUCAGUUUUGAGUCGUCUAUUUCAUUAACACCUUAGACACCCUGACCACAAGAAAACAUACAUUUAUUUAAACCAAAGAUAACAUUUUAAUUAAAUCAAGGCAUUUUAUUUCCAAAUAUUGGUAACAGGAAGUGGUAUUUUCACAUGAGUAUAGAACAAAAUGGGUUCUGGGAUGGGUAGUCAGUGAUUUGAAAGACAUAAUGCUAAAGUGUAACAGUAGUGGCCCAAUUUUGUUGAUGGUUAAAACUGUUUGGCCCGUGAGAUUUCAGAUUUUUAUGCUCGUAUUAUUUCAGUCAGUAGUUUUGUCAUGGAUGAACGUCCGUACGGUGGCAGCUCUGAGUCGAUCCACAUUCCUGUUGCUCUCUUUGUACUCUGUCCCAGUGUGCAGCGUUACUGAGUUACGUCCAGUAUUAUAUCCAGGUGUGAUCACAUCUGCCCAGGUGUCAUAAAGGUAACUCAGUACAGCUGCAUUCUGGAAACAGAACUUGAAGAGAAAAUUGUUUAAUUGUCAGACCUGAACCUGGUUUUACUGCCAGCAGGACUCCUCAUCUGACCUGAAGGCGUCACAUGACAGGACCUGUUCUACCCAAACUCUGUGUGAGCUGCAUCCUGUGGUGUUUCAAGUCUGAAAGAUUGUGUUUAACAAACAUUAAAGAGAUGUGUUCAAUUCA